CGGGUAAAUAUUGUCGAGUUCAUUACUCGGUACUAAGUCACUCCAGCUGGCGUCAACAACUUCUGACAUGCGACUACCCUUCCCGCUCCUUCUAGCUUUUUUGCUUCAACAAUGCGUCCGCGCUUCAACACCCGCCAAACGCUCUUAUGCAACACACGAUUAUUAUGUCAUCGAACAUAUCCCUUCCGCAGGCUCAACUCUAGAUGAAUGUACCGGAGAGCUGGGAGUAGAGCUCGUCGAGCAGGUCGGGGAACUGCGAAACAUAUGGCUAGUGCGCUCCGCGAAGCUCAUGUCCAGUUUUUCUCCGAGGACAGGAUCAGACAGGGUCCUCGACAGGUUCGAGGAUUUGGUCGCCCUUUCAGCACAUUCAACUAGUUUAUAUCCACGAGUGGGUCAUCAAGCCCGUGCGCACCGUAUAUUAUCGUCCAUAAAACACUUCUCACCUCAAAUACCACGCCAACGGACAAAGCGAGACAACUCUUUUCUAGAACGAGCACCACCUCCUGUGAAUCCUGGCGACUCUCAACCAGAAGCCUCGGAAGCCAUUGCAGAACGACUUGGAUUUGUGGACCCCCUAUUUACUAAGCAAUGGCAUAUCGUCAACGACCAGUACCCUGAACAUAUGAUGAACGUGACGGGUGUGUGGGAAAUGGGCAUCACUGGGGAGGGCAUCAUUACGUCGCUGGUGGAUGAUGGACUGGACUACCAGAGUCGGGACUUGGCUGAAAACUUCGAUGCAGAAGAUUCAUAUGACUUUAACGAUCACACUGAUUUGCCCACUCCCAUCCUUGCAGAUGAUCACCACGGCACGCGCUGCGCCGGUCAGAUUGCUGCAGUAAAGAACGACGUCUGUGGUGUCGGUCUCGCUUACAAGUCAAAAGUCGCCGGCGUCCGCAUAUUAUCUGGCCCCAUAACAGAUGUUGACGAGGCGGCUGCCUUGAACUACGGCUUUCAAAACGUGUCCAUCUUCAGUUGCAGUUGGGGACCACCUGACGACGGCAGAUCGAUGGAAGCUCCGGGAUAUAUCAUUGAAAAGGCCGUUGUAAACGGCAUACAAAAUGGUAGGGCAGGGAAAGGGUCGAUAUAUGUCUUUGCCAGCGGAAACGGGGCCGCGCAGGGAGACCAGUGCAAUUUCGACGGGUACACCAAUAGCAUAUACUCGGUCACCGUUUCGGCUGUAGACUUCAAAGGCCUACACCCAUAUUAUUCUGAACCUUGCGCUGCAAAUAUGGUUGUAGCAUACAGUUCAGGGAGCGGUCAACGCAUCGUCACUACUGACAUCAAUGAUAAAUGCACCGACUCGCACGGAGGCACCUCCGCCGCCGCCCCCAAUGCAGCUGGUGUAUUUGCUUUGGUGCUUCAAGUUCGACCUGACCUCACGUGGCGAGACAUACAACACUUGUGCGUCAAAACUGCUCAGAUGAUAAACCCCGAGGACCCCGACUGGGAGCCCAUGGCCUCUGGACAAAUGUACUCGUACAAAUACGGCUUCGGGCAGCUUAAUGGCUACGCCUAUGUCCAAGCAGCGCAGGAUUGGCAACUUGUGAAACCGCAAGCGUGGUUCCACCCUGCUGCCAUACAGAUCAACAAUGGUACUUUGCUCACGGAAGAUGGAAACAUGGAAGGCGGACAGCCGAUCAUCUCUGGAGGUGUUAUGAGCUCGUUCACGGUGACGCAAGACAUGCUUGACGCGCACAACUUUGAGGGGUUGGAGCACGUGACCGUCAGAGUGUGGAUCUCGCAUAGCAAGCGCGGGGAUGUCGAAGUUGAGCUCACGAGCCCUGGCGGGGUACGCAGCGUUCUUGCAGCUAAACGAGAUCACGACCGUGCCGACACUGGUUUCCGGGGGUGGAGAUUUAUGUCCGUCAAGCACUGGGGUGAAAAUGUUAUUGGCACUUGGACGAUCAAGGUCUCUGAUCAAUCAGCCGAAGGGCAUAGCGGAACUUUUCAUGGCUGGCGUCUCAUGUUCUGGGGCUCCACCGUCGAUCCCGCUGAUGCAAAAACCUACGUUCUCCCGCUUUCACAGUAUCAGCUUCCUUCCACAGAUGGGGACGACGCAGUCAGCAUUCCCACAUCGACAUCCAGCAAAUCUCACCCCAAGCCUACCUCUGGUCUUCCCGACGACCACGGGACUGCCGAGGGCGAGGCCGGCAAGCCUGCAUUCCCAUCCCAAUCCGUGCCUGCGACCGCAACGAUGACGCCUACGCCAGACGAAGGCUGGUUCUCAGACAUGUCCAACCUCGUAUCCAGCCAAAAAUGGUUCUUCGGGGCCAUCGGCGCCGUGGUGCUCUUCGGUGUGGGUGCAGGUGUGUUCUUCUGGCGACGCCAUGUAAAGCGUCGAGCAUACGCUGCCCUCAGCGCGGGUGAUGAGCUGCCGAUGAGCUCGGUGUCAAGGCAAGGUAGGCCCCGUGCGAAGGAGCUGUAUGAUGCGUUUGGGGAGGUGUCAGAUGACGAGGAUGCGGAUGAAGAGACUCGGUUGCGUGGUGUAGGAUUCCACUCUGGGUUCUUGGACGACGACGACCCGUCGUCUGUCGGCCCUGCGCCCGUGUAUAGAGACGAGCCUGAAGCGGGCCAGGAUGCGAGUUCUGACGUUAGAUCUGCAAGCCCUGAGAGCGGCAGUGGCAGUGGAGAUGGGAGCUGGGAGCUUGCUUCUCAAACACAUUGAUCUAUAUGGACUUAUAUACAUACUUGGUUUUCAUUUCUGUGUAUUAAGGAGGGCCGCAUCUCGUGUUUCGUCAACAUCUAUAUUACAUACCACCGGAGCAUAUUAUGACGACAUGUAUUCUGACAACAGGAUAGCCAUUGUACAGUCAUAUCUAGAACUCCGAGCCUAUCAAGAAAAUACUGAAGACAGUCGAAGGACGCAAGCAGCUUUUGCAUGACGACUCAGAGUGUCAUGAGAUGACAAUGUAUAUGUACUGAGGUUUGAGAUCGUGAAUAAAUCCACAUGUAUGCUGGGGAAUUCAACGGAUAUAUAUCAACGCA